UGCCGGGGCUCAGAUUCACCGAGGGGCCGAGGUGCAGAGACUCCGGACGGUGUCUCAGUCUGUUUUUGUAUAUUCGCCCUCAUUGUCGAGAAGUUUUAUAAUUUAUCCAAAGUGUGCCCAGUGAGAGCGAGGCUGCUGGUUUAGUAUCAGCCGAUGCGUAAAGCAGUUUUCGCGUAAUUUGUUGUUGUCUGAGUUUUGACAAAGGUCGAUCUGUGAGCUCAACAACUCCUCCGAAGCACAGUUUGGACUAUUCAGUGGACGUGUGUUGUUCCGGGUAGCUUUACUUCGUCUAACUAAAAGUUUGGACUGCUGUCAACGCACACUUGCCUGUGUUUUUUAGGUAUGCCUGUGGACAUCAGUGUGUCUCCGGACAGGUAACCAGGUGUGUUGCUGCUGUCAUGGCCUUGCCAACCCUGCGGCUGUUUCCUGUCACUGUGAUCACAGUCCUGGUGGCGCUGGUGUCGUCUUUAGGAGACCACGAGUGGCACUUUAACCCAGCUCAGUGCCGUUAUGCCCUGGGGAUGGAGGAUGGCACCAUCCCAGACUCUGACAUCACCGCCUCCAGCGCCUGGUCAGACUCCACUGAGGCCAAACAUGGAAGGUUGAGUACUGGAGAGGGGGAUGGAGCGUGGUGUCCUUCAGGAGCUGUUUACCCCAGCGGAUCAGAAUACCUUCAGAUAGAUCUACACAAACUUCACUUCCUGGCUCUGGUUGGUACUCAGGGUCGUCAUGCAGACGGGCUCGGGCAGGAGUUUGCUCGCAGUUAUCGGCUCAGCUAUUCCAGAGACGGAGUGAAAUGGAUCACCUGGAAGGACCGCUGGGGCCAGGAAGUGGUGUCAGGGAAUGAGAACACCUAUGAUGUUGUGCUGAAAGAUCUCGGCCCUCCCAUCGUGGCCCGCAUGGUGCGCAUCUACCCUCUGGCUGACCGGGUUAUGAGUGUUUGCCUUCGAGUGGAGCUCUAUGGUUGUGUGUGGAACGAUGGGUUGAGGGCUUACACAGCUCCAGUGGGUCACGUCAUGCACCUGUCUGGUAUGCCUGUCUAUCUUAACGACUCCACCUACGAUGGGAGCACAGAGCAAGGGAUGCAGUUUGGAGGCUUGGGUCAGCUUUGUGACGGCGUCCUUGGUGGAGACGACUUCAUACAAACUAAAGAGUUACGGGUGUGGCCCGGGUAUGACUACCUAGGCUGGAGCCGGGAGGCCCUCGGGCAAGGCAGCGUGGAUAUUGAGUUCCACUUUGAGAAACCACGUGUCUUCCACAACAUGCAGGUGCACAGUAACAACCGCCACACUCAGGGCGUGAGAGUCUUCAGCAAGGUGGAGUGUCUUUUUAAGCCCGGCAUCCUCCAGCCAUGGUCCCCUGCUCUCACUCUGCCUGUGCCCCUCGAGGAUCUAAAGGAUCCCUCCUCCCGACCCAUCUCCCUGCCGCUGGGCGGCCGGCCGGCUCAGAUCCUCCGCUGCAAAUUCUACUUUGCUGACCGCUGGCUGCUCAUCAGCGAGAUAUCCUUCCUCUCUGAGCCGUUUGAGGAGGAUGUCACAGAGUCUGAUUCAUUUCCUCCGAAUCUUCCAAAGAUUCCCACCACCAGUUCCUCUCCUCCUCCUGUCAACCACACCUCCUCCUCUCCCACGACGAGCCGCAGCUCCUCCAACACCACCGCCGGCCCAUCUGAACUCCACACAACCACCUCCUUCACGAUGGACACCACUGGUAACUGGACGCUGUCAGAUGCAGAAUUUGGUGGCAACACUCCGAGGGCGGGACUUCCUGUUGCCAAGGACGACAGCAGUAAUACAGCGAUUCUGAUUGGCUGCCUGGUGGGCAUCAUCCUGCUGCUGCUGGCUGUGAUCGCUGUCAUUCUGUGGAGGCAGUACUGGAAAAAGAUACUGGGCAAGGCCCAGGGCAGUCUAUCCAGUGAUGAGCUGCGGGUCCACCUGUCAGUCCCCUCGGACAAUGUGGUCAUCAACAACACGCACAGCUACUCGAGCCGUUACCAGCGCAUCCACACUUUCCCCGAUGACCGCGAUCAUGACAGAGAGGGAGAAGGAGAGUAUCAAGAACCCAUUGCUCUGCUGCGGCCGAGGGAUCACAGAGACAGCACAGCCUUGCUGUUAAACAACCCAGCCUAUCACCUGCACCUGUCAGAUCACAGGAAAAGUUCGAGACCUCUAGUCGUCCCCAACACCACACAGGCUCAGGAAAAGAGCCUCAAUGUGCCCCAGGCCUGUGGUUUGGAAAUGGACAUGGAGAAGGGUUUCCCCCCGACUCAGGAGGAGCCUCCUCCCUACCCCGGCUCCCCUCCUUACCCUUCCCUGUCUCCCCCCGUGUCUCCCCCACUGCCUCCCAGUGUUCCUCAUUAUGCCGAGGCAGACAUCGUGAGCCUGCAGGGCGUCAGUGGUAACAACACCUACGCAGUGCCUGCUUUGGCCUCCUCAAGCCCCGGGGCCGACGCUGCCCCUUUGCCGGAGCUGCCACGCCAGUGUCUCAUCUUCAAGGAGAAGCUGGGAGAGGGACAGUUUGGAGAGGUGCACCUGUGUGAAAUCGAAAACCCUCAGGACCUUCCCAACUUGGAGUUCCCCUUCAAUGUGAGAAAAGGUCGCCCUCUUCUGGUAGCAGUGAAGAUCUUGCGCCCGGAUGCCUCCAAGAAUGCCAGGAAUGACUUCCUGAAGGAGGUGAAGAUCCUGUCUCGCCUUAAGGACCCGAACAUCAUCCGUCUGCUGGGAGUGUGUGUGAGCAGCGAUCCUCUCUGUAUGGUCACUGAGUACAUGGAAUGCGGAGACUUGAACCAGUAUCUGUCUCACCGAGUGCUUCUGGACAAAACGGGGCCUACACACAACACCCCGACCAUCAGUUACCCGGCCCUCAUCUCCAUGGCCAGCCAGAUUGCGUCAGGAAUGAAGUUCCUCUCUUCCCUCAACUUUGUGCACCGGGAUCUAGCCACGCGUAACUGUCUGGUCGGAGGUGAGAGAGGUGAGAGCGGAGAGGAUCGGGGUGGGGAGCGUCACAUCAAGAUAGCUGACUUUGGCAUGAGCAGGAACUUGUAUGCUGGAGAUUACUACAGGAUCCAGGGCCGCGCUGUGCUGCCGAUUCGCUGGAUGGCCUGGGAGUGUAUACUCAUGGGUAAGUUCACCACAGCCAGUGAUGUGUGGGCAUUUGGGGUCACUCUGUGGGAGAUGCUGAGCGUUUGUCAGGAGCAGCCGUACUCCAACCUCACAGAUGAGCAAGUAAUCGACAACGCUGGAGAGUUCUUCAGAGACCAGGGCAGACAGGUGUAUCUGAGCAGACCGGCUGUGUGUCCUCAGGGUCUCUAUGAGCUCAUGUUGAGCUGCUGGAACAGAGACUGCAAGCUCCGCCCGUCCUUUGCCGACAUCCACUCCUUUCUUACCGAGGACGCCAUGAACAUGGUGUAAAGAGAGAAACAAAAAGACAAAGGCAAAUGCUAAAGAUGGGAAACGCCUCAUACGUUUUUGCAUCCUUGCUACAGUCGGUAUGUGUGGUGGAGGUGGUGCACGGAAGAGGCAGAUGAGAAGGGUGAGUGGGUUGCUUGCUUUUGUAGUCAUACUUUUUUGGGUGGUUGGGGCUGAGACACCGCUGGUUCGGUUCAUUUCCACAUCAGAUCCCCAUCCCCAAAACUAACCCCAGCUUUAGACAAGUAACAGUCCGGGCUACAUUUCACAGGUGGUGGGUGCAAUCUGCAUAGGACCUUUCUCUCUUCUCAGUUACUUUAACAUCACUGGUGCUUAAGUGUUGUAGAGUUAAUGCCACAGGAAGCUUAGCAGAGGCUAAACAGAAAAAAUACUCCAAACUACAGAUAUAGCAAGCAGACAAACAGUUAAAUACAUGCCUUUUAUUCAUCCAUCUCAAAUGCUACAUGUAGGAUAACAGGUGAAGGUGCACGACGCGCAAAAUUCUCCGAACAUCAGACAUGAAAGUGCACGCACAGGGAUUGCCUUAGUAUUUACAGUAUGUAUAGCGUACUGUACACAUUACAGUCAGUCAAAUUCCACAAGAUUAGUCCAUGCUUCAGCCCCACCAAUGAUUAUCUUCUAGAAGUCCAUGAAAGAGUUUCAGACAUGGAUUAUGGCUGUCUAGAACAUGAGAGAUCUCACCAUGUUUGCCAACCCUUCAAUAGUCCUCGAUCAGCCUUUCAGAGUGACCCACAUCCACAUCUGCAACUCAAAGUUAUUGUGGAUUAGCGUAAAACGAUGUGGACCAGACAACAGCAGCCCUCUUUCUGCAAAGCAAUUACACCAACUUUGCUCUCAACCACCAAACCACCCCGUUGUAGUCAAAAAGCCCAAGCAGUUUUUGAACCCCAUCUUUGAGUCACAUAGACUAACUGUAUCUCUGGUGCCAAAUGGACUUCUCAAACUUGAGAACACAGGCACGGAAGAGGAGGAUCUGCUGCUGCCGGUGAGACGCCACCUACAAACUGGCACGGCUUUUCCAAGCAGAAAGAAAAUACUGCCAGCCGGGGCAGUGGACAGACGGGACACCAUUUAGGUGCGCCUGCUCAGGUGUUUCGGCAAUUUUUAGUAUCUGGCUGCGAUGCAGAAACAAAGGAUAGACAUAAAAUUCCACGACCAGCUGCACUUUAAAUCCUCCAUGCAUAUCCCCAGAAACUCUUCUUUGUGAGGAGCCUGAUAUGAUUCCUGUCGAUGUGGAUUCUAAUCACUCGCAGUGAUUUCAGAUAUUUUGCCAGGGGAGAUCAAAUUCAGGACAGUCUGUCUGCCUUGUUAAAUCCUCCCCCACAAGGCAUUGCUAAACCAUAAGAUGUAAAAUAUUAUUUAAAAAACUGAAUGACACCAUCAAUUCAUCUCAUUUUAAAUAUAUGACAGCCUUUUGUACGCUUUGAUGAGACAUAUUCACUCAUCGAAUAAUCAAUCUUUGCUCAUCCAAAUGCAUUACUGUACUAUAAAAAUCAUUGCCUGGAGGGUAGCUCUUUUUUUUUUUUUUUUUUUUUUUUUUUUUUUGCUCAACCAGAACCCUAUUUUCCCAUGUUUUAAGUAACUAAUGGGAAUAACAUUUUUUGAAAUUGGUCCAGUAUUGGGAGAAAGUACUGCAACCAUCAUUUAAUGUCCCCUACAGAGACAGACCAUUUUGUUAAAGAGUGAGAUCCUUUUUGUUUUACCAAAAACAGCCCUGUAAUCGCUAUCGACAAGCCCACCAUUUAAAUUGGUAAUUUUAGUGUGCAUACAAUCACUAUAUUUCACAUGUAACUAGGUGAAUUAAGGAUUUAUUUUAACCAAACCAGAGUUGACAAUUGUUGGAACAGUGGAAAAACAAACCACAGUAUUUUUUUUAAUGAAUUUCAUUUUGUUUUUGACAACUUAUAAAGAAGCCUGUCUUAGGAUAAUUGACAAUACUUCUAUUGAGAUGAAGUCUGGUGGGUCUGGCAACAGCAAUUUCAGGGAUGUUUCAGGGUCUAGACUGAAAAAGGUACCCUCUAAGGAACUACUCAAACAGGUAAUUCUGUGAGUCCUCAUUUUAGUGUGAAUGUCAACAUCAACCUCUGCAUCAUCCCAUUUUAGUACAUUAAGCUGACCACGGUAGAAUCAAUGUUGUCUCUACCUUACUGAUUGUAUAGCACUGUAAAUCAGUCCUGAUCAAGAUCAUCAAGUAUAACAUGUUUACUGAUUGUCAAUGGUUGUGCCAUUUGAGUCAUUUUUGAUACACUGUAGUUCGACUAAACCCAUAUUUUUAUAUAUACUGUAUGUACUUUGACACUUCUUGAUGUCUGAUUUCGUCCUUUUGUGUCUGAAGUUGAGCAUAAUAGUAUGUACAUAUUUUAAGGACAGAAUUGUAAUUUCCUUUACUAAUAUAUGGAAAACUCUUUGUUACAUUUGGGGUCUUCUGUACCUCUGUAGAACGCUUGCUACAUUGAUGCCAUUGUAAUUCAUUGUUUAUUUUUGUAGAUGUUUUAAUAAAGUUAACCUUUUCAAAUAAAUCAAGAUGUGCUCUAGGGCUUUCAAAAACUA